AUGAGUGUCGACACAAGUAAAUUUGUACAGCGCCACAGCCAUUCACAUGGAGGAGGAGGCCAUGACAUAUCUGAAGCGCUGAACAGUGGUGAAUGGUGGGCCCAGUGGAAUCCAAAUGAGGUGACUAUAUGGGAUGAGAAAGUCCCCAACUCAUGGAAAAAAUGCGCCAUGGACCAUGUUUACUUCGGAGAGGCAGAAUACAGCGGCAGUAUCAAAGCCCGUAUUUCUUCGAUAUUUGUGGUCUUCUUUGUGAGCUCCGCAUUCACUUUGCUGCCAAUUGUUUUGACCAAAGUGAAGGGCCUCCGUGUACCCAAAUACGUUUAUCUAUUUGCUCGCUAUUUUGGUACUGGUGUUAUCGUUUCCACGGCUUUUAUUCACUUGAUGGAGCAUUCAUAUUUGUCUAUCGGUAGCAGCAGCUGCGUUGGAAUGACAGGCGGCUGGGCAGAAUUCCCUUGGUGUUCAGCAAUUAUGAUGUUGACCGUAUUCAUAAUAUUUUUGGUCGAUCUCCUCGGGGACGUAUACGUUGAAAGACGCUUUGGUGUCUCGCAUCAACCUGGUGAUCAUACUGAGGCUGCCAUUACUGCCAACAAAAGCGAUCAAGAAACGGCUGACAUCGAGGGCUCUCGCUCAAAUGACCUAGAGUAUAGCUUACCAAAUAAAGAGCAGACCAACUAUCGCAGCUACUCAGCACAAGACGCAAGCAGCGAUUUGGUUUCUGGCGUCAGCGACGAAGUCAAUGUCACACCUUUCCAAAGUCAGAUAGGUGCGUUCUUGGUCAUGGAAUUCGGUAUUAUUUUCCACUCUGUUAUGAUUGGUUUGGAGCUUGGUACUACUGGUAGUGAAUUUUCGGUCUUGUAUCCCGUCAUUGUGUUCCAUCAGUCUUUUGAAGGUCUCGGAAUCGGUGCUAGACUAAUUUCGAUCUCGUUUCCAGAAGGUAAAAGAUGGUGGCCUUUCGCGUUGUGCUUGUGCUAUGGUGUCAGCACACCUAUUGCCAUGGCUAUCGGUCUUGGUGUCCGAAGCAAAUUCAUGGCUCACUCUUUUAAUAUGAGCCUAAUCGGCGGUGUCCUAGACGCUAUUUCUGCCGGUAUUCUAAUCUACACUGGUCUAGUCGAGCUAUUGGCUAAAGACUUCAUAUUCGACCCUAACCGCACAAAAGAUCUACGAAAACUCGCUUACAUGGUGAUUUGUACUUUGAGUGGUGCUGGAUUAAUGACUCUUCUGGGAAAAUGGGCUUGA